CAGGAAGGGAGGAAAAUGCCCUUUCUUUCUUUCAAGACCCUUAUUGUGGCCCAGUCUCCUCACACACACACCCUGUGUCUCUCUUCUGGAAGCUCUAGGAAGAGACUCCUGCUCUAUAUCAGAGGUGGUGUGGAGAGCAGCAGGCUUGAGGGGUCUGGGGUUAUUGCUCCCUUCCCUGUCGACUUGCUGAUAUCUGCAAGGCAGGCUGAGCAGUGCACUGCAGUUGCAACAGCAGGAGCAGACGCUGAAGAGCUUCCCAAGAUACCUGAAGAGGAUAUGGAAGGACUGAAGGCUGCUGUUUGGAAAGGAAACCUCACCGAAGCAGCUGCUAAAGCGAAAAAGGCUCUGGAGAGGGUUGAUAAAAUCCCUCUCAACAUUGCUGUCACGGGGGAGGCGGGCUCUGGAAAAUCGUCCUUUGUCAACGCCAUCCGGGGCUUAGGGGAUACAGAUAAUGGUUCUGCUGUAAUAGGGAUAACUGAAACGACAAUGAAGCGCAUUGCUUACCCACAUCCUAGAUACCCAGAUAUAAUAGUCUGGGAUCUGCCAGGGAUCGGGACCCCAGCGUUUAAAUCAGACACGUACCUCAAGCAGGUGAAGUUCAGCCACUACGACUUUUUCAUCAUCAUCUCCAGCCCCUGCUUGACAUGCAACGACAUUAGCCUCGCCCAGGAGAUCCAGAGACUGGGGAAGAAGUUUUACUUUGUGCACUCCAAGGUGGAUCUGGAUUUGACAAAUAAAAAACAAAAUGGUGACAAGGAGGGAACCCUGAAGUGGAGUAAUGCUCCCACAAACAGGCCACAUCACUACAGCGAGAGUGCGAUCCUCAAGGCCAUCAGAGAGAAGUGCAUCAAAGGCCUGAAAGAAGCAGGGGUGGCCUCCACACAAGUUUUUCUUAUAUCUAAAUGGGACUUGGGCAAGUACGAUUUUCCCAAAUUGCAGAAAGUGCUAAUGGAUGAGCUCCCCAGUCACAAGAGACAUGCUUGUCUACAAUCCCUGUCCAACAUUGUUAAAGAAACUUUGGAGAAGAAAAAAAAACAACUGCAAACGCAGAUAUGGUUGAAAAGUCUGGUGUCAUGUGGAGUCGCUGCUAUUCCUAUCCCAGGUCUCUCCAUUGUUUGUGAUGUUGCCAUGCUGGUGACGUCCCUGAAAGAGUACUGCAGGGAUUUUGGCCUUGAUGAAAACUCUCUCGCUGCACUAGCUAGACAGGCUAACAAGCCCAUUGCAGAGCUGAAGGCCGUUAUAAAGUCCCCACUGCGUGAGGAAAUAACAAAAGAUCUUGUAAUUGAGAUACUGACCAAGUUCGCAACUGGGGCAGUGCAAUAUACUACACUUUUUUUAAAAUUUAUACCUGUGGUAGGUGCUGUGAUAGGUUCUGCGGCAGCUGCAGCAGUUGCUCUCCCUACCACAAAGAUCAUGCUGCAGAAUUUCCUGGAUGAUGUUGCUGCUGACGUUGCACGAGUUCUGGAGGUGGUUAUGGAGGGAGAAGUUUCAAACUUAGAGAGAAAGCACAAAAACAUCUGCACCCCCCUUCCCAAGAUACCUGAAGAGGAUAUGAAAGCACUGAAGGCUGCUGUUGGGAAAGGAAACCUCAAUGAAGCAGCUGCUAAUGCGAAAGAGGCUCUGGAGAUGGCUGAUAAAAUCACUGUCAACAUCGCUGUCACGGGGAAGACAGGCUCUGGAAAAUCGUCCUUUGUCAAUGCCAUCCGGGGCCUGGAGGAUACAGAUAAAGGUGCUUCUGAGACGGGGGUGAAUGAAACGACAAUGGAGCCCACUGCUUACCCACAUCCUACAUACCCAAAUGUAACCAUCUGGGAUCUGCCAGGGAUCGGGACCCCAAAGUUUGAACCAGACACGUACCUCAAACAGGUGCAGUUCAGCCGCUACGACUUUUUCAUCAUCAUCUCCUGCACCCGCUUCACAUCCCACGACAUUCAACUCACCCAGGAGAUCCAGAGACUGGGGAAGAAGUUUUACUUUGUGCGCUCCAAGGUGGAUCAGGAUUUGACAAAUGAAAACCGAUACUAUGACGCGGAGGGAAAACUGAAGCAGAGCAAUGCUUCUGUGAAAAGGCCACUUCAAUACAGUGAGAGUGCGAUCCUCGAGGGCAUCAGAGAGAACUGCAUCCAAUGGCUGAAAACAGGAGGGGGGGCCUCCCCACGGGUUUUUCUUGUAUCUAGAUUGGACUUAGGCAAGUACGAUUUUCCCAAAUUGCAGGAAACGCUAGUGGAUGAGCUCCCCAGUCACAAGAGACUCGCUCUUCUAUGAUCUCUGUCCAAUACUUCUAAAGAAAUCUUGGAGAAGAAAAAACAACAGCUGCAAACACAGAUAUGGUUUAAAAGUGUGGUAUCAUGCGCAGUUGCUGCUAUUCCUCUCCCGGGUCUCUCCAUUGCUUGUGAUGCUACCAUACUGGUGACGUCCCUGAAAGAGUACUGCAGGGACUUCGGUCUCAGUGAAAACGCUCUCGCUGCACUUGCUAGACAGAAUAACAAGCCCAUUGCAGAGCUGAAGGCCGUUAUAAAGUCCCCUCUGUGUGAGGAAAUAACAAAAGAUCUUGUAAUUAAAAUACUAACCAAGUGCGCAGCUGGGGCAGUGCAAUAUGCUACAUUGUUUUUAAAAUUUAUACCCGUGGCAGGUGCUGUGGUAGGUUCUGUGGCAGCUGCAGCAGUUUCUCUCCCUACCACAUACUUAAUGUUGAAGAGUUUCCUGGAUGAUGUUGCUGCUGAUGCUGUACGAGUUCUGGAGGUGGUUAUGGACGAAGCCAUUUCAAACUUGGAGAAAAAGGACAAAAACACCCGCACCCCUUGAAAGGAAGAAACAUCAGCACGUGGCUGGAGCUCGGAGCUCAAAGUCUCAUAAAAUUGCUGCCUUUCUGCAUCAGGUGGGAAACUUCACCAGAACUGAGCUCUGAGCCCCAUUUCCACUGAGGUAUCUCACCCACCAUGACAUAUUGAAUUUAAUUCAGCCAUAAAAUGGACAGGGGGGAUCCUGACUGACCCUGUUCUUUGCUUUGUCUUCAUUUCCCCAGCAAAAGAGGCCAAGUUGUGAUAAAGCUCCACAGGGUCCCGAGUGCCUCAUGCUCUCCGCAGGGACCUCAGGGAAUGGUUAUUUCAGGCCCCAGCAGAGAGCAGGGCCAUGGCAGAGCCCAUCGAACUCUUCACUGGGAAAUGACAGGGAGCGACACCAACGAUGACUUGUUCUAGCCACAGAUUUUCCAUUUCUUGGUUCCCGUUCCCCUGAAAUUGCAGCCUGGGUUGGGCAUGUGGGCAAAUUCACUCAGACACAAUCGUAAAAACCCUAAAUCCUGACCUGGCUUGGGUGACGAUUCCCUGGUGCCAAUUCCUUCCUCGUCACCGCAGGACCCCAGGCCAACAAAACAGGUUUUUGAGCACAGACGCUUUCACACUUUCCCCCAGUCUGCCCCUGUCUGGGGAGGAGCGGCCUGUAACCUCCCACAGAGCCCCCUGACUGACCUCCUGCAAACGCCUCCUUCAGUCUCACCCCCGCCAUGGACCCUCUGGAUCCCUCGACAAUGGCCUGCAGCUGGAGCUCUGGGAGCGCUGCUCAUUGCAUUAUCCCAACCAUCUCCCUGCUCCCUUGUAUUCCCCCAUCUGUCUGGAGCACCUGCCUGCUUGGUCUAGUCUUAGAUUCAAGUAUCAGAGGGGUAGCCAUGUUAGUCUGGAUCUGUAAAAAGCAACAGAGAGUCCUGUGGCACCUUGUAGACUAACAGACGUAUUGGAGCAUGAGCUUUCGUGGGCGAAUAUCCACUUUGUCAGAUGCAAGAACGCUCACCUGAUGAAGUGGAUAUUCAUCCACGAAAACUCAUGCUCCGAUACGUCUGUUAGUCUAUAAGGUGCCACAGGACUCUCUGUUGCUAUUUAGUCUUAGACUGUCGCUCUCAGGGGCAGGGGCAGGGCCUAUCCUUUUGUUCUGUGUCUGUACAGCACCUAGCGCAACAGGGCCAUCUCCCAACAGAUGUUACUCUGAGACAAUAAUAGAUUAAGAAAUGCUUAGACUGAUCCUUGUAAUUCUGCCUCUAUGCUCAUAGGUUUUACCAGCCCCUUAUGCAAAGGUAGAUUUGUCCAGAGAAGCACCUGGGUCUGGCUGUGCUAUUAAUCCUGUGAGUGGCCCUAGAUUUAAAUGGAGAAGGGUCAAGAUGUGUCUGGCUGAUAAACCCAUAUGGGCUGCUUGAUAAUUACCUGGCUGAGUGUGGCUGUCACUUGUGCUCUGGGCUGUGCCCCCAUUCACAGCUGGUGAGUUUGUGCGGAGAGAGGCUCUAGUGUUUGAUGCUGAGUUUAUGUACAUCUAUUGCUCCUUGAUUUGCCAUUCUCAGUGGGAGCCUAUUCUGUAGUUUAUUAUAAGAGCCGAUGAUUGAACAAUUCAUUUGAGCAAUUGGAGACUUCGAUACAUUGCAGCUGGUCUGGCCAUAUGUAUAGCCAGUGCAUCAGCCUCUGCUUUCCCUCAAUAACCCAUUGAUUUGUAGCUUUUUUUUUCAUAAUGAUUAGAGGUCUGGUUCUGCGAUACUUUCACACCCCCAGAAUGGGCCUCUCUUGUCUUGUAGAAGUGAUUUAAUAUUUCAAUUAUAAUAAACUUGCAUUUAAUCUGGA